AUGCCUGAGCCGGCCAAGUCCGCCCCCGCGCCCAAGAAGGGCUCUAAAAAAGCCGUCACCAAGACGCAAAAGAAAGGUGACAAGAAGCGCAAGAAGAGCCGUAAGGAGAGCUACUCGAUCUAUGUGUACAAGGUGCUGAAGCAGGUGCACCCCGACACGGGCAUCUCGUCCAAGGCCAUGGGCAUCAUGAACUCGUUCGUCAACGACAUCUUCGAGCGCAUCGCCGGCGAGGCCUCUCGGCUGGCGCACUACAACAAGCGCUCCACCAUCCCCUCGCGGGAGAUCCAGACGGCCGUGCGGCUCCUGCUGCCCGGCGAGCUGGCAAAGCACGCUGUCUCUGAGGGCACCAAGGCUGUCACCAAGUACACCAGCUCCAAGUAGAGAGUCUAAGAUUGUCAGUUUUAACUCAAAGGCUCUUUUAAGAGCCACCAAUUUUUUCAAAUAGAAGGGCUGAAUUACUGGGUUUUUUUGGGAGGUAGGUAAAUAGCUUGUUUAUU